AUGAUGAUACCGCCACUACCUCACAAGUUACUUACACUGGCGUUUAUUGUACGCAAUGGCUGUGCAACCCAUGGAGGAAAGAAAGUGCUAUUGGGUUUAAAGAAAAGAGGCUUUGGUAUAGGCAAAUGGAACGGCUUUGGGGGCAAAGUGGAAUCUACGGACGCGAGUAUUGCGGCUGCGGCAGUGAGGGAAGUAGAAGAGGAAGCUUAUGUACACGUGAAUGUUGAAGAUUUAGAGUCACGUGGUGUGCUAUUGUUCUCGUUUGAAGAAGGAAAAGAAAUCAUGGAGGUGCAUGUGUUCUUAACUCAAAAAUUCUCGGGCGAGCCAUUGGAGAGCGACGAGAUGAUGCCGCAAUGGUACGAUGUCCAACAGUUACCGUUUAAAAGUAUGUGGGCAGACGACCGCAUCUGGCUGCCACAUGUGCUGAGUGGUAAGAGCGUGCAAGGACAUUUCCACUUUGCAGCAGACGAAGAUACUCUUCUAGAUUACGAACUCAAGAUUUCGCCUUCGACGGAGAAGCACAAGUAA